CUAUGCAGAGCAACCGCCGCGGCAAGAUACACAAUCACAGGAGUAAAGGAUAAUAAAGACGAAUUUGCAGAACUUCGCAUAGUUUUGAGGACGUUUUCCACGACAUUUAGGUUGUUUACCUACAUUAUAUUUAGUCGUGUUUAGCUGCACGGUCUUAGUCACACGGCUUCGGUUGAUUUCAGUUGACUUCGCUUCGUUAGCAACAGGCUAACGUGUUGCGGUGCAGCCGGUCCCGCAGGUCCCGCACGCCUCACGGACCGCAGACAUGCCGGAGCUGGGUCGAGGACGGAAACGAAGAAUCGACGUGUGGUCACACUUCACAUACGACAACAGGGACAACAAGACCGUCUGUAGACCGUGCGGAGCCAAAAUCGCCGGGAAAAACACCACCAACCUGAAGCGACACUUACAGGCGACUCAUCCAGAAAUACACGCGAAGAUAAAGAAGAGGUCUGAUGACAAAGAUGACCACGGGCCCGGUGGAAAUGAAGCUGGUGCUGCUAGUGCAACCCAGCAGCAGGCCACCUCGGCUUUCUUACGUUCUUCAAAGUACAAAACUGAACCAAAGGAACAACAGACCGAGGAGCAGAACACGACCAUGUUUAAUCUCAAGGACUUUGUGAACCAGCGGCUCUCUGCUGCAGCCAUGGAAAUAUUCGAGGAGUUUGAGAAAAUGCUAGAUGUGUAUAAAGCUGAAGUGACUCGGUCGAAAGAAGAGGUGGACAACCUGCGGAACCAGCUGGACCUCCUGCACGACAAAUCAGCUGCAGAAGCUCCAGCAGCCCACAGCACCAUCAUUGCAGACGGGUGUGACUCCAUUCUGCUACUGGAGAAGCUGCUGCCCUCGACACCAGUGGAAAUGGGACAAGAUUCAGACUUCAGUGUGAAGGCUGAAGCUGCUGGACCCUCUCACACCAAUGCUGGUGUAGAAAAUCCUGACUGGAUCAACGGCAUGCUGCACUCAGACCCUGAAGUGUCACAGGUUAAAGAGGAGCAGGAGGAACUUGGCAUCGACAGUCAAAAACAAGAGGCUGUUUUUCUUUCUGCUGACGUUGUGAAAAGUGAGCAAGAUCAACCAGAGGCAGAAUUUGAAUAUGAACUGCAGCCGCUCUCCUCAGACUGCUCUGCAGCUCAGAGUGAGAACAGUGAUGAUGAGGAUUGGACGGAGAGCAAAGGAGCACAGAAAAGGCCCAAGAAACGAAAAGCAAAGUCAAAGCAACGACAGACUGACAGUAGUACACAGGAGGGAUAUGAAGUGUUACCUCAUGAAGAAUCCUCUGCCAAAAGUCAAUCUGACGAUCAUAUUUCUUGCCAUUUGUGUGGCAAGACUUUCAAGUACAUAGGUUUUUUAAUGAAUCACAUAAAGACGCAUGACAAGACAGUUGAUUGUCAUGUUUGUGAAAUAACAUUCCAGUCUGCAGAGGAGCUGAUAAAACACUUACAGUCUGCUAUCAAAAAAAGACAUUUUUGUGAUCUGUGUGGCAAAACGUUCACCAAAAUGCAUUUGCUCAAAGAGCACUCAAAAAUACACACAGGGACAAAAGAGUUUACAUGUCAAGACUGUGGCAAAGCAUUUCUCCGAAAAACAGAGCUCACUGUGCAUACUAGGGCCCACUCUGGGGAGAAACCAUACAGCUGUGAUAUUUGUGGGAAGGCAUUUAGUCAGAGAAAUAAUCUUAAAAGCCAUAGGAGAUGUCAUACAGGAGAGAAACCACAUUAUUGUGAGGUGUGUGGCUACAGCUUCAGGACUAGCAAUCAUCUCAAAACACACAUGAGACAUCAUUCAGGUGAGAAGCCGUACUCCUGUGACAUUUGUGGUAAGACAUUUUGCCAGACCGGAGAGUUGACAAGACAUAUGAUGACACACACAGAGGAGAGACCAUACGGUUGCCAUGUUUGUGGCAUGAGAUACAAAUUUGAUUCAAAUCUGAAGGUGCAUAUGAGAAAUCAUAAAGAGGAAGCUACAUAGUGGCCGAGUCUACAUAAACAGAGUAACCCAGCUAUUAUCAUCUUCAUUAAGGACUUGGUGGUUCAAAGUAACAGUUCAGAUGCUUAACACUGUAUAGUUGUACUCGCUGCUCCAUAUGAGUGUAAUACACCCACCAAAUUCGGUUCAUUAAAUCUUUCCCUGGUGCAACACCUUC